GUCCAGGUCUGGGUCCGGUCUAGGUCCAGUUCAACCAGUCCGGACCGAGACCUGGACUCGGUAGGUCCGGUUCAUCCUCCCGAAGCAGGGCGCGCUCACGCGCUCCAUGCACGUGUCCGACCCACGAUCAGUGCGCGUGCACAGUGAGCAGACAGCGCACGAGCUUCCCGUGAUUCCGGUUCUGAUGGGUUGAACCUGGACCCGCGGGCCGUUGUCAUGACAACCAGAUGGCGGAGACGGUGAAGUACGUGGACGAUGAGCAUAAGAGCAUUUUCCUGAAGCUGCUGAACGAGCAGCGGCUGGAGGGCGAGCACUGUGACAUCGCCGUGGUGGUGGAAGACGUGAAGUUCCGUGCUCACCGCUGCGUCCUCGCCGCCUGUUCCAACUACUUCAAAAAGCUCUUCAAGAAGCACGAGGUGGACAACUCGUCUGUGAUCGAGAUCGACUUCAUCCGCUCCGACAUCUUCGAGGAGGUCCUCAACUACAUGUAUACGGCGAAGAUCUCCGUGAAGAAGAAAGACGUCAAUCUGAUGAUGUCAUCAGGACAGAUACUUGGCAUCCGUUUCCUUGACAAGCUCUGCUCCCAGAAACGAGACGUGUCAUCAGAAGACAAAGACAAGUUCCCGUAUGACAUCGUGAAGAUGGCGCUGCCCCCUGAAGCUCAGCUGGCUGCAGACGCUGAGGUGCUUGGUGAGCACGAUGACACGCCCACUGCAGAAGACCUGGUGGAGGCGUCGGCCAAUCCAGAGCUGGACAAGUCCCCGAACACGGCGCUGCACGUGCAGGAGGCCAUCUUGAAAGAACUGACCAAUGAGGACGUUCAUAAGGUUGCCUGCUAUGACCAGGACGUGGUGACGGACAUGGAGGCGGAGCCAAAGGAUCUGGGGGCGGAGCAUCACGCCACCCAGACCUUGACGUUCACGGACAGCAUGGGCGAGGUGAAGGACGAGCAGGCGCCCGGCUGGUCUGCGGCCUCCACCGACAUGAAGUUCGAGUACCUGCUGUACGGCCACCGGGAGCCGCUGGCCUGCCAGGCGUGCGGGAAGACCUUCGUGGACGAGAGCCGGCUCAGGAAACACGAGAAGCUCCACUCGGCCGAGCGUCCGUUCGCCUGCGAGAUCUGCUCCAAAGCCUUCACCACCCACGCUCACCUGAAAGAACACCUGAAGAUCCACACGGGCUUCAAACCCUACCGCUGCGAGGUCUGCGGGAAGUCGUUCAUCCGAGCUCCUGACCUGAAGAAACACGAGCGGGUCCACAGCAACGAGCGGCCGUUCGCCUGCCAGAUGUGCGACAAGGUGAGUGCAGAUCCAAGAUGGCCGUUCGCCUGCCAGAUGUGCGACAAGGCCUUUAAACAUAAGUCCCACCUGAAGGACCACGAGAGGAGACACCGAGGAGAGAAACCCUUCGUCUGUCCGUCCUGCACCAAGGCCUUCGCCAAGGCAUCCGACCUGAAGCGUCACGAGAACAACAUGCACAGCGAGAGGAAGCAGCUGAACCCUCUGCAGAGCGACACCGAGACGCUGCAGGCCGCCGCCAUGGCGGCCGAGGAGCAACAUCUGGAGAACAUCAGCUGCUCCUAACAUCGGGAGAACGCCGGCUGAUCCCGACGCCGGGAGAACGCCGGCCGAUCCCGACAUCGGGAGAACGCCGGCUGAUCCCGACGCCCGGAGAACGCCGGCUGAUC